GGUUUGCGGGUGCUGGCGAAGGGGUCAGCGGAAACCGCGCCGCCUCUGUCUUUGGGGCCAGGGCGCAGCCUUUGUGCCGAGGCCGCUCCCGGCUCCCGCCGCUAGGGGGCGGCCUCCCGCCCGCCGACCCCCGACAAUAGCACAAGGGGUGGGGAGCUGCGCGGUCCCGGAAACUUUCCCGGGUGCCUUCGCCGCCGCCGUCUGCGCCCGGGAGCGCAGAGCUGGGCGGCCGCGGUUGUGCGCGCGACCUGGGCCGAGCGGCGGAGCCGACCCCAGCGAAGGGGGCGCGAGCGGCAGCGCCCGGGGCUGCCCGCAGCAGGGGUUACUGCGCCCGACUCCCGGCCACGCGGAGGUUCGGGCACUGGGCGGGCGGAGCCGAGCCGUGCCAUGGGGGAGGCGCCCAGCCCCGCGCCGGCGCCCGCGCUCUGGGACUGGGACUACCUGGACCGCUGCUUCGCCCGACACCGCGUCUGCAUCUCCUUCGGCCUGUGGAUCUGCGCCUCCUCCUGCUGGAUCGCCGCCCACGCGCUGCUUCUCUACCUGAGAUGUGCAAAGAGAUCUGGACAGGACCCGUCAGUGCUGUGUGCUGCAUGCGGUCUCCUGACCAGCCUGUGUGACACCAUCGGGGCCAUUCUGGCCAGACAGCUUACUAUCCAGGUUUUCACUGGUGCCUACCUAGCAGCUGUUGACUUGGCGAACUUUGUGUUCAUUCUCUUCCCACUCUGCGGCUCCAAAUUCAAGUCUAAUUCGUGUCGGAGCUCCCGGGAGAGGAAGAGGAGGCGGCAGCUGAGAGCCAGCGUAUUUGCCCUGGCCCUGCCACUGAGCCUGGGCCCAGGCUGGGCCCUCUGGGCCGCUGUCCCAAAAGCUUCAGGCCCCAUUCGAGGGCCACAACGAAGGUUGCUGGGAAGCCUGCUGCAGGACAACACUGAAAUCCUCGGCUACCUGCUGGGUGGCAUUGCCACCUUUGGAUCCUGGACUUCCCGGAUCCAUCCACUCUCCAGAAUUUGUUGUCCCUGCCCAGCCCCUCCCAUCUCUCUCCAGUGCCGGGGUAAGACUUUUCCCUCCAUCCACCUGUGGACCCGCCUCCUGUCGGCCCUGGCUGGCUUCCUUUAUGCCUCGGCCAUUGUGGCCCAUGACCAGCGGCCUGAGUACCUACUUCGGGCUACACCCUGGCUACUGACCUCCCUCGGCCGUGCCACUCUGGACCUCUCUAUCAUUCUCCUUUCCUGGGCAAUGAGAAGCAAGAUGCGGCGGGCCUUGGGGUUUGCCUCCGAAGCCGGAGAGAGCCCCGACACCCAGGCCCUUUUGACCAGUGCAGAGGAAGAGGAAGAAAACCAGGAGGCAAGGAACGAGAAUUCAGACUGGGUGCCUCUCACCACACUCCCACACUGCGGCUCCCUCAGGACAAUGGCAGCCAUCAGUCACUACUUGGAGCUGACUGUCGAGCCAGUGCAGCAGGCAGGCUGCAGUGCCACCAGGCUGCCUGGCGACGGACAGAGGAGUGCUGGAGAUGCAUGCCUGCAGGAGCCGCCCUCGUACCCUCCGGUUCAGGUCAUCCGGGCCUGCGUGUCUUCCAGCAGCUCCUCUGAGGUCUCCUCCAUCAACUCUGACCUUGAGCAGAAGUAUUGGGAAGCCCUAAACUCGGAGCAGUGGGACCCUGAAGAUGUAAACCUUGAAGGGAACAAAGACAACGUGGAGUUGCUCAGAUCCCAGGUGCACAGGUGCUCUAUGAGGCCAAUGGACUUGACCUCUGAUGAGUAAUACCUUCUGAAGCCAGCCUAUCACAGUUCUGAGCCCAAGGUCAAGUACUUGUCAGAAACUGAACAGGGAUCAACCUCCAAUAACACCCGUGGCAGAAAUCUAGGCAUCUGCAGAGGCUGCCUGUGAAAGUGAAGAACCAGGAGCUGUUACUGCGCUUGGCUGGUCUGCAUAAUGGCUCAGAAUGGAGUUAAAGCUUUGGGUCCUAUGAACAGACCUGGACAUGCCUAGAGGUUUUUCUGAAGAUUAUAAGUUUGACCACUCUUAUUUUGAAACUUAAACCUUCAUGUAAUGGACAUUGGACUCUCUUUUUCCUUUCCCUUUAGAUCCAGCCGUACUCUGAAUAUCUGCAGAGUGCCACAAAAAAAUCCAUCUAACAAAUAGUUGUAUGUUUGGAUCUCAGAAGAGCCCCAUUCUGCAAGACCUGGUUAAGUCCAGGAGAUGAGAGGGGUGGGCCCAUGUGCUUGGGGUCUGGGACACAAUCACUGAUGGGACCUGCCUCCUGCCCUCCAGUCACCCACUUGAGUUUCCUGCUGGAAGUUAGAAAUAGGACUGCUGGAUCAAUCAAGUAUUUGUGAGAUCACUUGUACUGCAAAGGCAAGCCAAGCAAACUGCUCUAGGAACCAGGACAUAUGCCAACCUGGCAAUGUUUGUACUCGGGCAGGGUUUGCAGGUGAAUGGGACUGUCUGCUUCAGGAGGUAACUGAAAGCAAGAGACAUGGCAGGAAGUGUUAAAUUCAAAAAUAGCAAUCCCAUUUUAGGAUUAUUUUGACACUAUGAUCAUGGGAGAGGGGCAGGGUGGGAGAAACACUGGAGUAGAUAAAUCCUGAUGGAGUGAACUAUAACAUCUCAUUGUGAAGCAGAAAUGUGUCUGAAUCCCAAGACAGCCACAGAAGUUGGCCACAAAGGGAACUGAGACAAAUGCUAAGAAAUAGAGCUGUGUUCCUGGAUGGACCCUGGCAGCCUGUGUGACUCAGCUGCAGCUGCCCAGUGUCUCCUAAUGGAUAGUGCAAGUCCCUGCAGCAUGAAGCAUGGGGUCGGUCCCUCAGGGAAACAGGUCCAUGCUUUGGCAGGGGAGAGACUACCUUAAGCCAACCCAAGAUUUGAUAGAAGCUGAAGAUCUGAAGAAGUUUUAAGAACGUGAGUGUGUGGCACUAUCCCAAAAGUCAUCCCAUCAGCCAAACAAGGCACCAGGCAUCCAGGACUGUUUCUUGGAGGGGCCGAUGCUUCAUUCUACAGAACGUUUAAUGCCUUCAGAUUAACUUCAAGUUAACUUGGUCUGUCUCUUGGAGAACUCAGCGUACCUUCCCCAUUCCGUUGGAAAAUUUCCACAGCUGCCGGUAUUGGCAGCAGAGGGCCGGAUCUUGUCUUCCUGGUCCUCGUGGUCUGUAACGAUGAUUGCUGCGGGGCUUAAUCCCUAUCCGGGGUCGGAGGCAACUGCCCCCUCUUCAACAUGCUUUGGGUUCACCUACGACCUCUUGAUGGGGCAGUAAGUAGUCUCCUCGAAUUGCGAAGGGGUUUGGAGGCACCGUCAGAAUUGAGUCCUGGUUUGCGACGACCUGACCUCUUUCUCGAAAAAGCUGCCACACGCGCGAGCCCUAGCGGGGGUGGGGGAGGCAUUUAACCACUGCCCGAGGACUUCCGGUAAGAGAGGAAACGUGAGAUUGGCGCGUGCGCACUACGGAGCUGCCGCCUCGCGAAUCUCACGAGUGCAGCGCCGCCGCGGCCGCGCGCGCUGCCCCUCGGGAGUUCCUGGCUUGGCGCAGGCGCCCCCGCGGCUGGAGGACUAUCUGGAGCAGCUUCUCGUGUACGUUGCGCGGCGCUGAUUUUUAAGGGGAUAAUUCCAAUGUUAUUUUACUGUUCUUAACGUAUUUUGAAUCGGCUGAACAUCCUUUAUAUGGUGUAUUGCAAAUCAUUCUCUGUGUUUAAAUACAUUUUAUGGUUUUUGAAGUAAAGAUGGUACAGGAA